UCAUAAUCCAGCGCCCGCCCUCUUCUGCCUCUCGCCGUGUAGACACAAACAGGAGAGAGAGGGAGCGAGAGAGAGGUGUGUGCAAUUGUUUGUUAUGAUAAUCGCCGCUGAUUUACAGCAUAACUGAUGUAAAAGGGACUCCGAGGACUAAAGGAGGAAAUUUAUCCGCCAUUAGAAUGUGGAUCAGUCCCGAGGAGGUGCUGCUCGCUAACGCGCUGUGGGUGAGUGAGAGGGCCAAUCCCUUCUUCAUCCUGCAGCGGAGGAAGGGACACGGCAAAGGAGGAGGCAUCACCGGUCUUCUGGUUGGGACUCUGGACGUUGUGUUAGAUUCCAGUGCUCGUGUGGCUCCGUAUCGAAUCCUUCAUCAAUCAGGAGACUCGCAGGUCUUUUGGAGCAUUGCCUGUGGUUCAUCUCGCAAGGAGAUUACAGAACAUUGGGAAUGGCUGGAGGCUAAUUUAUUGCAGACUCUCUCCAUUUUUGACAACGAUGAAGACAUUACUACUUUUGUCAAGGGUAAGAUACAGGGAAUCAUUGCUGAGGAAAAUAAGAGCCGUCAGGCACAAGAAGAUGAGGAUUGUGGGAAGUUUCGGGAGGCGGCACUGAAGAUGCGAAAGUUGUUUGGGAUGCCGGAGGAGGAAAAACUGGUGAACUAUUACUCAUGCAGCUACUGGAAGGGUAGAGUGCCACGUCAGGGCUGGCUCUACCUGUCUGUCAAUCACCUGUGCUUCUACUCCUUUCUGCUUGGAAAAGAGGUGACGUUAAUAGUGCAGUGGACAGACGUGACUCAGUUGGAUAAGAAUGCCACUCUAUUAUUCCCUGAGAGCGUGCGUGUGAGCACUCGGGACACGGAGCACUUCUUCUCCAUGUUUCUCAACAUCAAUGACACAUUCAAACUGAUGGAGCAGCUCGCUAACAUCGCCAUGAGGCAACUGCUGGACAAUGAGGGCUUCGCUGCAGACCAGUCGCUCCCCAGACCUGGCAAAACCCUCAAAAAUGUUUCUGCACUCAAAAGGGAUCUGGACGCACGGGCGAAAAAUGAGAGAUACCGAGCUCUGUUCCGCCUGACGAAGGAUGAACGGCUGGACGGUCACACAGACUGCACUCUGUGGACACCCUUUGCUAAGAUGCAUGUGGUCGGCCAGAUGUUUGUCUCCAACAACUAUAUCUGUUUCGCCAGCAGAGAGGAAGACCUGUGUCAACUUAUCAUACCACUUAGAGAAGUCUCUAUAGUAGAGAAAGCUGACAGCAGCAGUGUUUUGCCUAGUCCUCUUUCCAUCAGCACUAAAAACAAGAUGACCUUCCUGUUUGCCAACCUCAAAGAUCGCGACUUCCUUGUUCAGCGCAUCUCAGACUUCCUGCAGCGAACGCCUGACAGGCUUGGCCAAUCUGAGAGUCCAAGUCCCAGCACCUCUCCUUCCCUCCCUGCAAUGCUGCCUUUGCUGGGGUCGAGCGAGGUCACUCAGGAUCGGCACUACAGCUCCAGCCUUCCCACAGCCAAGCAGGGUCUUCUCAACAUCUACCAGAAAGGCCGUCCUGAAGACCUGGGACCCAAAGCGACAAAGGAAAAAAUGAAGCAGGAAUCCUGGAAUAUCCAUUUCUUUGAGUUUGGACGAGGUGUGUGCAUGUACCGCACGUCUAAGACCCGAGACCUUGUCCUGAAAGGGAUUCCUGAGAGUCUGAGAGGAGAGCUGUGGCUACUCUUUUCAGGUGCUCAGAAUGAGAUGGUGACUCACCCAGCUUACUAUGCAGAGCUGGUGGAGCAGGCCAUGGGCAAGUGUACUUUGGCUACAGAGGAGAUUGAGAGAGACUUGCAUCGAUCAAUGCCUGAGCAUCAUGCCUUCCAGAAUGAGAUGGGCAUUGCUGCACUUCGACGGGUACUCACUGCAUAUGCAUAUCGCAACCCGGGCAUCGGCUACUGCCAGGCCAUGAAUAUAGUAACAUCAGUGUUGCUACUGUACUGUACUGAAGAGGAGGCAUUCUGGUUGCUGGUGGCUUUGUGUGAACGGAUGCUACCUGAUUAUUACAACACCAGGGUUGUAGGAGCACUGGUGGAUCAGGGUGUGUUUGAGGAGCUGACACGGGAGUGUUUGCCACUGCUCUAUGAGCACAUGCAGGACCUGGGCGUGAUCUCCACCAUCUCUCUGUCCUGGUUCCUCACCCUCUUCUUAUCCGUCAUGCCGUUCGAUAGUGCUGUGUUGCUGGUCGAUUGUUUCUUCUAUGAGGGAAUCAAAGUCAUAUUUCAGGUAUCCUUGGCUGUGCUACAUGCUAACAUGGAGAAGUUGUUAAACUGCACUGAUGAGGGAGAGGCCAUGACCAUACUCGGAAGGUAUCUGGAUAAUGUUGUGAACAAGCAAACGGUGUCUCCACCCAUCCCCCAUCUGCAUGCACUAUUAACCAGCGGAGAUGCACCUCCCCCAGAGAUUGAUAUAUUUGAUCUCAUUAAGAUGUCCUACGAGAAGUUUGGCAGUCUGCGUGCUGAUGUCAUUGAGCAGAUGAGGUUCAAACAAAGGUUAAAGGUUAUUCAGUCUUUAGAGGAUACGGCUAAGAGGAGUGUGGUGAGGGCCAUUAUGACAGACUCAGCCUUCAGCAUUGAAGAGCUGGAGGAGUUGUAUGUUCUGUUCAAGGCUAAACACAUCAUGAGCUGCUAUUGGGGUGCCAGUAGCACUGCUGCAGAGCGUCAUGACCCUAGUUUGCCCUAUUUGGAGCAGUAUCGGAUUGACUGUGGCCAGUUAAUUCAGCUCUUCUCAGCCUUGGCACCUUGGAGCUGUGGCAUGCACACUUCCACACUUGCUGCCCGCUUAUUUCGCCUGCUUGACAACAACAAAGACUCCCUUAUCAACUUUAAAGAGUUUGUCACAGGCCUGAGUGGGAUGUAUCAUGGCGACAUGACUGAGAAAUUGAAGCUGCUGUACAAGUUACACCUGCCUCCAGCUUUGUGCCCAGAAGAGGCAGAGUCUGCACUUGAGGCUACUCAUUUCUUUACUAAUGAUGACACACCGCAAGAUCAUCCCUCCUUCUCUCAUGUAGACUUCCUGGUCCAGGAAGUCACUUCAGCUGAGGAGGUAAAGGAAGUGGCUGAUACAGGAGGAGAUUCUGAAGAGAAGAAAGAGGAAAAGGUGAAGGACUAUAAGUAUUAUUUGCGAAUGUGGGCAAAAGAAAGGGAACCCAAGAAAGAGACCAUCAAAGAUCUACCCAGAAUGAACCAGGAGCAGUUUAUCGAGCUGUGCAAAACGCUCUAUAAUAUGUUUAGUGAGGACCCCCUGGAGCAGGAGCUCUAUCAUGCCAUUGCUACGGUUGCCAGCUUAUUACUGCGCAUUGGAGAAGUGGGCAAAAAGUUCAGCAGCAACGGCAGCAAGAAAUGUGAUACACAGGCUCAACCAGUGGUAGAGUCUCCAGGAAAAGAGGACAGUUUUGGAGAGGCUAAUUCUGGACAGUCCCUGGUCUCAAAGGCCCUGGCAGAGGCCCAGCUGGAGAGUUCCCCUCCUCCAGCCAACGGGUCUGAUGAAGAUGUGAAAGACGACACGUCUAUUUCAUCCUACUCUGUGGUCAGCGCCGGAUCUCUGCAGUGUGAAGACAUCGCAGACGAUACCGUUCUAAUCGGAUGUGGAGUGGAUGGAGCUGGAGGUGGAAGUGACAGUAGGCGUGGCAGCGCACCGGAUGGCGAUUGGUCGAUCUCAUUCGAGCAGGUGCUUGCAUCGCUGCUGACCGAACCGGCUCUGGUAAACUACUUUGAAAAAAAGCAUGACAUCAGGAGCAAGAUGGCUGCCUGUAAGGCUCAAAGGGCAGUUGAAAGGCAGAUCAGUUCGUCCAGCGACCAUGAGCUAGCUCAGCUCUCCACCUGAGGUUAAAGCUAACGGCUGCCACUAAUGAAGGCACAUUUACUAUUAUUUAGAGAUCUGACUCUAAUUAUAACUAGUGCAUUAAUGAUCACACACUCAUUCUCACCACUUUUAGAUCAUACAGCAAAGCCUAUACGUCUGCACUUUUGCUCAUGUGGCCUUUGUCCUUCCAGGCUGAACAGUUGAACACUCUUUGCCUGCUGUUUGCAUGUUACCUGUUGGUUUACUGCUCUUAAAUCUAAAUCUAGCCCACA